UUCUUAAGCUGCUAGCGAAAUAUUUAAUAACUCUUUAAAAAUUUUCAAAAAAUUUAAAAAUAUCUAAAUUAGUAAAAAUCAAAAUCUUUAUAAAAAAAUAAAAAUAAAGCAUUCAUAGAUAAAAUGGAAUAAAGCAAAGAUAAUCUUUAAGCAAUGAUUGAACACUCUGAGGAAUAAUUCAGAGCCCAAUUUGACCCAAACAAUCCUUUAUAUCACUAAGGUGAUAAGACACCCGUACCUAUUGGAGGUGUGAGAGUUCCUGAGUCUAUGAACACCAUGUAUCCUUCUAAUGUCAACAACUUAAAUGAAUAUAUUAACGAUUAGCCUAAAGAAAUUAACUAUGGUCCUGAAUACGACUAAAUCAGCUAAGAAAGAAACUAAUUUUUGAAUUUCAAAAAGGUUAUUGCUUAAAUUACAUAAGUUUUAGAAGCAAUUCUUAGACACAAGGAGCACUUCAAAACCAAGGGAGAUCCCACAAAUUAAUCACAUGUUGAAAAACUCAAUGAAAAUAUUUAAAAGGAAAGCGAAAAACUUACUGCUAUUUUAGAAGAAAUUUAACCAUUAGCAAAAAUUGUUCUCGAAUCUGAGUUUAAAGCUCGUUAUGAUGGAUUAACAGAGAUCUUAGAGCAUGCUAAAACCGAGUUCAAAAACAAGGAAGAUUUGACUGAUUUCUGUUUCAAGCUUAAAAAAUACUCUGCUAAUUCUUUCACUGAUGCUGGUAAAUUAAUGGACAAACUUAAAAAAAUUAAAAAGGAUUACGCUGCCAAAACAGCUAAUACAAAUACUACUUAAGAAGAAGUUAAAACCAAUUGA